AUCGCGAUCACGUGCGGUCUGUAUCUGGAGAUUCCGCCACAGCCGAGGCUUCCUGGCGGCGACGACGCGCGUACGAGCCCGCUCCGUGUCUUCGUAGCCAUCAAUACAUUGGCCCGGCCUGGGAGUACGUGUUACACCGUGUCCACCACCGCUGCGUCUACAGGGGCGAGCGAGGCGCAGCGAAUCAAGUGCUGAGCGCUGAGCCUCGCCAUCACAUACCUCCGUAUGACAUGAAACGCUAGUGUGGCGAUGCCGGGGCAGUGAUCGUAUAUUUAAGGUCGGAGACCGGUCCUGCGCUCGUCCUGGUCGCCCUCUCGGCCAGUGACGACCUUCGUUUUCUCCUUCGCCAGGGCAGAGCCCUCCUGUUUUUCUGCUUCUUCUUUCGGUCGGUCUUGAUGGCUGCUUUUAACGUUACGCUUGACGAUUCUUCGCCUCUCAUAACUUAUUCGCCUUCUAAUGCGUGGACGGACACACCUGCGAACGACACCACCGCUUCGCUGUACUUCGAUUCCUCUCUGCACACCACGUCCACUAAGGGUGCUACUGCAUCCUUCGCAUUCAACGGCACUGGUGUCUGGCUCUACGGCGGUCUCAGGUCGAACUAUGGCUCCUACCAGCUUUCGGUAGACGGAUCAAAGGUGGCAAGUGGUAGCGCGAAAUCGACAACGACGCAGUUAAAGCAUAUCCUGGGCGGAACGUCUGGUCUGCGGAUGGGGGAACACACGGUCUCUCUGACGAAUGAGGGCGGAGGUCCUGUCGAUAUUGACAGUCUUGUCUUUGAGACGAAGGCCGGUACUGCUGGAGGCAAGGUGUUAAAGACCAUCAUCGACGACGCGAGUACCAAUGUCAAAUAUGGCCCUCAGUCUAACAGCUGGAGCACUACGAACGGAACCAGUUACUACGACAAGACCUUGCACUACUCCGCCACGAAUGGAGCCUACGCAUCGCUCUCUUUCUCCGGAAAUGCUGUGGCUAUCUAUGGUACCGUCGAUCCGACCCAUGCCAACUACACAGUCACUUUGGACGGCGUCAAGUCGCAGCCGGUCAAGGCUAGUAACGUUCGCACAUUCCAUACGCAGACGCUUCUGUACUUUGCUCAGGGUCUCGAGUCGAAGCAACACACUAUCACGCUGACUGGGAAUAUGGGGACGAACUCCAGCCAGUACUUUGACCUCGACUCCUUCACUGUGUACGGUGCUGCCCCAAACGCCACCUCUAGCUCCAGCUCUAGCGGCGCACCAUCCUCCACGGGUAGUACGAACCCCACGAACAACAACAACGCUUCUAACAAUGGAACGGUUAGUGCGAACACGUCGAACGGCUCUACCUUGUCCCAGGGCUCUCUCAUUGGCAUUGUCGUCGGCUCCAUCGCUGCUCUCUUGCUUUUGCUCCUCGGUCUCUUCUUCUACAUGCGCCGGCGCCGUGCCCAGGCGAAGGUCGGGCCACGCUCGGCCAAGCCCAGCACCCCGUCUCCCGGUAUCCCGAUCCAGAACCCCCCAGACCUCGAGGCGGCAUACGACUACGCCCUCCGCGAGAAGGAGCUCUCUCCGGAGGACCUGCGGCCGUCCAUUGACAUCAUUGGCCGGCCGUCGGCGGACUACUACGCGCCCAAGACCGUCACGGCCAAACUGGUAGCGUUCCCCGUCAGGCCGUCGUACGACUCAGACAGGACGCUGCGCAACGAGAGGCAGCCGCAGCCACAGCCGCCACCGCGCAAUGCGAGCAGGCCGGAUCAGGUCCCGACGCUGGUGGUGCACAAUCCGCCGCCUGAGAGUGGCCACGUACGCACUCCCUCGGAUGCGUCGACGGUUGUCAACGAUGAGGUGGAAUUGGGACUUUCCGAGAUCAUCCUCAGUCCGUCGAAGUCACAACGGAGGCCGCCUCCGUCACCAAGGAGUCCUCGUCCAAGACCUAGCAGAGAGGAGCUGAGAGCCACUCAGGGCAGUGUUCUCUCGUACUACUACCAUGAUCCAUAACGUGUGGGGUAACUGUUCGAUUGCUGGUCUUGGUGAGGUGACACCGUACCACAGGCAGAUAGGCCCGGGCGACAUCAAAUGUCACUCACUGUUCAAGUUCAGCGGUAACGGAUGUCGUUAACGGCUCUCAUGCUCCGUCCGAACGUUCUCAG